AAGCCCUUCGUUUGUCUAGAUUCAAACUUUAAAACAAAAAUCGUUAUGCGACAAAAAAUAUUUAUGUUAUUAUUUUUCCUUUUUGGAAUCGCUAAUCAUGUGAAUUCGAGAACAGUGGUGAACAAUUUUACGGUUUCGAGUGAUUUUAUUCAAGAUUUAUUCAUUAAUGAAAUUGAAAAGAAUUUGGAUCUAUCUGAUAUUGUUGGAUCCAUUGGAUCGGAUAUUUUAAAUGCACAAAAAUGUAUAGUUGAAUUGAAAGAAAUAGUCAACCAGUUUCCAAGCUUAAAAGUUGCACGAUUUCUUGAUUCAUGGGGUAAAUUACCAUCUGGAAUUUUGUACGGUCAUUUCACUGAUCUCGGAAACUAUGACCAAUGUGUCAGGACAUCGGUAAUAUUAAAAGAAGGAAAUCAACCCACAAAAGGACAAUAUUGUUUUGCAUCAUUUCCAAUAUUAUCCCUCAUCCAAACAACGCCCAAAGAAGAUUUGAAAAAUGUUCGAGAUCUUUCAUUGAAUAGUGCACUAGGCGAUGCGUUGAAAAGUUUACUAUCAAUCAAACUAGGAAUUUGUAUUCCUGAUAGUUGUGACGCAAAGUUGAUAACUAGUAUUUUCCAAAAGGCAGCUGAAAAUGUUCUGGGAGGUGCUUUAGCUGGUGGCGCAAUUUCAAACUGUUCGGUUGCCAAGAAACCUGACUUUGAAGCUUUGGAUAUUUUUGCUAUAGUAUUCUUUUCUUUGAUUGGGGUCUUGCUUAUUGCCAGUACAGCCUACGACUGGUAUACUGAAUAUUUUGAAAUACAACCAAUAGAACUUUUGCUAGCAUUCUCGGUUAUUACCAACAGCCGGAAGGUGUUUAUGAUCAAUACCAAGAAGUCGCCAAAUUCGAUUGAUUGCUUGACUGGAAUAAGAGUGUUAUCAAUGGUUUGGGUCUUGCAUUGUCACAAUUUAAUGUUCUGUUCGUCAAUGGAUAUUAUCAAUCUGGUUGAUUUCUUCAGUUGGAUUAAAUUGUUCUGGUCAAUGACAACAGUCAUGGGAACUGUUUCUGUUGAUUCAUUCUUCUUCUUGAGUGGAUUACUAAUUGCAUGGACAUGCUUCAGAGAAAUGGACAAAACAAAAGGAAAACUUAACGUGAUAUUGAUGUGGGUUCAUCGCUACAUACGCCUCACACCACCUUUAGCAGUUGUGAUUUUAUUUUACUUAACUAUCAAUAAAUAUAUCGGAGAUGGACCGUAUAGAGAAGACUCAAUAACAAGGCAUUUUCAAUGCAAAGAAACUUGGUGGUCAACAUUACUUUAUGUACAAAACUACGUGAGCUCAAAAAAUAUGUGCGUCUUACAAUCCUGGUAUUUAGCAAUAGACACUCAGUUGUACUUCCUGGCACCAAUUGUUCUCAUUCCAAUUUGGAGAUGGGGUAAGAAAUGCAUACCCGUGAUGGUGGUGCUAGUAUUAAUAGCAAUUGGAUGCGUUUUUGCUGAAAUGUACGCUGGAGAUUAUAAGACUCUUUUCGGGUUUGGUGAAGCAGGACGGACAGCUAAUGUCUACUACCCAACUCACAUAAGAUUUCCUCCAUGGCUUGUCGGAAUUGGUCUUGGAUAUAUAAUGCAUCUGUAUAGAAACCGUUCAAUUCAUCUUCCUGUGAUGUACCAAAUUCUUGGUUGGGUUUUGAGUCUUGGAACUCUAUUGGCUAUAGUUUUUGCCCCUCACUUUAGCCUAAAGUCGUCUUAUACAGUCAGUGUUUUUCAUGCAGCAAUUUAUGAAGGACUGAAACGUGUUUCUUGGAGUAUAGCUUUAGCAUGGAUAGUUUUUGCUUGUCACUUUGGUUUCGGUAGUAAAGUUAACUCAAUUUUAUCCCAUCCAUACUGGCAGCCUCUUGGACGUUUAACAUAUUGCAUGUAUUUAGUGCACGUAGGUGUCCUUACAAUAAAUUUUGGUAUAUCACGAACGGAUGUCUAUAUCUCAGACUAUUCAUUGAUGCUCUGGUUUUGGAGUAAUUUUGGAAUCUCUGUUCUAGUGGCAAUUGUAUUAUCGUUAUCUUUUGAAAGUCCAGUGCUGGUCAUUGAGAAAGCAAUUUUUGGUACGAAAAAACCCAAAGAUGAAUUCCGCAAAACUGUAUUGCCAAUCACAACUCCAGACCUGAGGGCCUAGACUGAAUUUUGUAUAUUAUAUUUAAUAAUUAAUUUAUUUAUUUCGUUGCAUAAAAUCAUAUUAUAGAAAAAGCUAUCAUAAGAAAAUAAUAUUUAACAAUUACCUGUGUAUAUUAAAAUUUCUAAAUUAAGAAUAAAAUCUAAUAAAAUUGAAAA